AUGGAAGAUCCAACAGAAUUUAAUUUAUUACACAAUGAUCAUUUAAUGAAAUCCAAUGGAAAAAUUCGAAAAGCAAUUGGUUAUCCAACUUUUUUUCUAUUAAUCAUUGGUAGUCUUGGUCUCCUUUGUUUAAUUUCUGCUGUAAUCUUAACAAUAAUUGGUUCUCUUGGUCUUCGUGAUUAUGGUUUUGCCAAUAAUCCUCUUAUCGCUGGAAUAAUUCUUUUUGGAAUUGGAGGUGCUUUUAGUAUUGUUGCUUGUAUCUCUGUUGGUUUGAAAAAAUAA